CAGCACUGAUUGGUCGCUUGGACACCUUUAGUUUAGUACUGAUCCCUUCGCCGUUUCACUGGGAGACGAACAACCGACACAUGUUUCAACCAUGGAUCUUGUGCUGAAUGUUGCCGACUAUUACGUCCUCACCCCGUACGUGUACCCUGCGUCGUGGCCUGAGGACGGGGCCCUGCGGCAGAUCCUCAGCCUGUUGGUGCUGACCAACCUCGGGGCUGUGGUCCUGUACCUGGGCCUGGGGACCAUCAGCUACUUCUUCAUCUUCGACCACAAACUGAUGAAACACCCACACUUUUUGGAGAAUCAGGUUCAGAGGGAGAUCAAAUGUGCGAUGACCUCUCUUCCUUGGAUCAGCAUCCCCACGGUGGCCUUGUUUUUCGCUGAAGUUAGAGGAUACAGCAAACUAUACGAUAACAUCAAAGAGUCUCCACUGGGUUGGCCUGGGCUCUUCCUGAGUACGAUCUCCUUCAUCUUCUUCACUGACAUGUGUAUCUACUGGAUCCAUCGCUUCCUGCAUCAUAAGCUUUUUUACAAGCUGUUUCACAAACCCCACCACAUAUGGAAGAUCCCCACUCCCUUCGCCAGCCACGCCUUCCAUCCAGUCGACGGCUUCAUGCAGGGACUCCCAUACCACAUCUACCCCUUCCUCUUCCCCCUCCACAAGGUGCUAUACCUGGCCCUGUACGUUUUUGUCAACAUCUGGACCAUCUCGAUCCACGACGGUGACUAUCGCGUCCCUGGCGCUCUGACGGGUGCCAUCAACGGCUCAGCUCACCACACCGACCACCACCUCUUCUUCGAGUACAAUUACGGCCAAUACUUCACCCUGUGGGACCGCCUGGGAGGCUCCUACAGGCACCCGUCGGGUCUGAUGGGGAAGGGUCCUCAUGAUCUGAUCCGGAAACUUGAAGCAGAGGGAAAGUUGGGAGACGACAGAGUGAAGGGUAAAGGGCAAGUGAAUGGACAUGCUCAGAGAGGAGUCACAUGUAAGGAGGAGUAACAGAAGGGAAGUUCUGGUUAAAUGCUUCAAGUGAUCUCUAUUUUUUUAAAGACAAUGUGCUACACUAAAUUUCAGCUGUAAUCACUGAGUUUUUGUACUUGCCAAAUAUGCUGUUGUGAGAUUUUAAACAGUAGUUGAUAAGAUGCAAGAUGGCUUCGGCUGGAUUUAUACAAUUACAGGCAAGCUUUGGGAUUGCUACAUUUCUUAAUACGCCACUGGAGAAUUUUUGCUUUCAGCAAAUCAAGAAACAACAGAGCUCAGAGAGUGGAAAGGCUGGAGCUAGGGGAGCUGCUACACUACCAGAGAACGACACCAGCUGUGAAUGGGAGUUUGACUUCAGGAUUAGGAUGUGGGACUGGCAUCGCAGAGAUAUAAUUUUUUUUUUUAGAUUGAACAAGUAGUAAUCUUAGUAAGUUCAGACUGAAUCUGAAAAUGUGGCAAAGCAGCAAGUGCUUCAACAGAAAA